AUGCUCCCAAAGAUCGCCAGCCUGCUUUCCUCAGCCCUCGUGGCCACCGCCGCCACUCUGCCCACUGUGGUCUUCACCCCGGGCGCCUGGCACGGUCCGCAGUCCUUCGACCUCGUCCGCGCCGGUCUGACGCUCAAGGGCUACGAGUCCGAGGCCAUCACCCUCCCCUCCGUCGGCGCGGAGCCCGCGACCGUCGGUCUUGAGCAGGAUGCCGCCGUUCUGCGGUCCACCAUUGAGACCCUCGCCGACGCCGGCAAGGAGGUCGUCGUCGUCGUUCACUCGUACGGCGGCAUGGUUGGCGGCAACGCCAUCGAGGGGCUUGGAUACAAGCAGCGCGCGGCCAACAACGAAAAGGGCGGCGUCAUCAUGCUCGUCUACCUCGCCGCCUUUGCUGCCCCCAACGCUACCAGCCUUUUGGAUAUGCUCAGCGGAGAGUACCUCCCCUGGAUGAGAGUCGAGGGUGACAAGGUCUACGCUGAUACCCCAGAGACCAUCUUCUACGCUGAUGUCAACCCGGUCCUCAAGGCCAAGGCCAUUGCGGAGUUGAGCUGGCAGUCUGCCCGUGUCUUCUCUGACCCCGCGACCUACGAGCCGUGGAACAACGGCAUCGAGGUCAUGUACUUCCACACUGAGCAGGACCAGGCUAUUCCUCUGGCUACCCAGGAGGCCAUGGCCGCCCAGUUCCCUACCGGCUACACCACCUUCUACGCAAACACCUCUCACUCCCCCUUCCUGUCCCGCCCGGACCUCGUCAUCGAGGGUGUCGAGCUCGCUGUUAAGGUUGGCCAAGAGAAGAUUGCGGCUUAG